UUUUGUCUACUGUAAAUGUCAACAAUAUUUUAUAUUCAAUAUUACGAUUCUGUAGGUACAGAAGUCAGCAAUCCUUUAGAUUAUUAUGACAUACCAGCUCAUCCUGUUCCUGUACUCCAUCUUCCAUCUGCUAGCACUACUGGAAAUGCAACUGACAAAGAACCUGAAUACAUGAAGAUGAAAGGUUCCCAAAAAGAAAAUGUCAUGCCAAAUCAGAAUUUUUUAUGGGAAAAUAAUGCUCUAAAGGACCAUGAAGAUGUUAUACAUGUGCCAGUAUGUAAUGCAGAAAGAGCAAAAUUAAGUCUUCUGGAAAGUCAGGCUAAAUUAAUUGAAAUAAUGGAAGCUUAUAAAAAAGGUGCAUCUCUUAUAGAAGUUGAAAAGUUGCAUAAUGAAUGGAAAACAUUUUAUCAAGUUUCAGAUGCUGAUGCUAAGAGCACUUUAGAUGGUCUUAGAAAUCUCUAUGCAAAAGCUCAGAAAGCAAAAUUAAGUAAGAAGCAUUCCUCUAGUUUCUCAGAAUUACGCCAGUUUUUAAAUUCUAAACUUAGAAGAAAGGAAAGUAUUGGAUCAAAGGGCAGUUUGAGUCGAAAACAAUCAAAGGAUAUGAAUUCAAUGGAAAAACUUUGUGCUGAUUCUGAUGCUAUAAGACCAAUGAGCACAUUAAGUGUGUUAUCAAAUACAAGUAGCUCUAGUGGAUCUUCUUUUGAUAGAUUAAGUACUGCUAGUGCUGGAUCAGAUAGUGGUCACCAUUCUGAUUUUUCUGAUGAACGCACCAAUAAAUUAAGAGAAAAAUUUGAAUCUCGUUACCAUCAGCAGCACAGGAAAAUAAAUGGUUCAAGCCAUAAUAUAAGCGGUUUUCAAAAAAAUAUGCAAAGUCUGACACUUAAUAGUAGGCCUCCUGCUCCACCUCCUCGGCCAACUAAGACUGUUUCUCGAUAUGGUAGCCUUGAAGAUUGCAAAGUUUCUGAAAGUCCUCAGUAUUCUGUAGCAAAAAAAUCAAGUAUCACUACAUUUGAAGAUGCUUUAAAUUUUUUUGAUUUCAUUCAGACUGAUUCAAGAAGUUCUUCUCUUUGUAACGAAUUCAGAUCUACAACAAUGAAACCUAAGUUAUUAACAGAAUCUCUGUCUUUUGAAGAUCCUAAUGCAAAUUAUGACUGUCCCCCACCACCAAGACCCAGUGUUAAACCAGUUGCUAAGGACUUUACUAAGACUCUUAAAUCUAAUUUUAUACUUAAUGAUCCUAAGACAGAUUAUGAUUUGGUACCACCACCACUGCCUGUUUCUUCACCUCCACGAAAGCAAGAUACUGCAGUGUGUGACCGAGACCAAUCAUAUGACAUUCCAAAUCCAUCAGUUAUGCUUCAUCCAUUCCAGCGCUCAAAUAGUAUAUCGUCAAAUUAUGAUUUUCCCAAAACUACUCUGAUGGACAAUACAGAUAUUCAACCUGCUUGUACUUGUCAAGUAUCAGUUAAUAAAAACAGUUUCUGUUCAGUCAAAAGUUGUUGUAUAGGUAAUAAACUGUCAUCACUGAAGCAAGUGAAUAGUUUACCAUCUGUGCCAAAUACUGACAUUGUAACAUCUGUAGAGAAAGAAAAACAACUGAGAAACUUAAAUGAGAGUCGUGUACAAAUAAAGAACCUGAAUGAAAAUCGUUCAGUACAUAAUCAGUACUAUAAUGUAUGUUUAAGGCCCCCAAGAGAUACAACAAAUGAACAGCGAGAUAGUAUACCAGAAGAAAUGGCUCCACCACCACCUGUAAUAGAAAAAGAAAGUCCUGAAGAACAUUACAAGAUGGUUGGAACUCCAGUUCCUGUGCCUUCAGCUCAUUAGGUAUAUAUCAGUAAUGUAUAACUACUGGUAACAUGAAAGUCUGCUUUUUACCAAAGAUGUAGAGCUUAAGAUACAAAUCUAGAAUUUGUGUAUUUAAUGUCUUCAUUUAAAUUGACUGUUUUUUCAACAAAACUUAAAUUCAAAUGAGAAAUAAUUCAUAUAAACACUACAAAAGAACCUGCCAAAUAAAUUAAAUACUGUAAACAACAACAAUUAGCAACAGGAGUUGGUGUAACAUGCAAUACUGUUAUUUUGAAGUUCAAACAAAACCUUUUUUAAAUGUAAAAAUGAAAUCAAAAGCACAUAAAUAUAUGUUUCAUUUCAUCUUAUUUUUACUUCACAAGCUGAAAAAGAAAAAAAAAAAAAAAAAAAAUUAUGUUUUACCUACAAAAACUAUGCUAUACAUUUACUUCAUUAUGCCUUGUUAAUUUUAGUUUCCAUAUCAUUGAGCCUUUGGCUGUUUAUUAAUUAUUUUUUCUUCAUUUGUUUGAACAGUAUUAAAUGAGGAAUUUUUGUAUUUUUUCAUAGAUGUCGUUUUUAUAUGUAUUUAAAGACUAUGUAUUUGAUCAUAAAGCUUGUGUGUAAGAGUAAAACGCUAUGCAUCCUAAGAUUUUAUUGCAAUUUCAUGGUCCUCCAGUAAUACUUACUCUUCAACUAUUAUUUUUUGAUAAAGUAUAACAGGAAAUGUACAGAUUUUAAUAUAAAGUUACUUGCAAAUAUAGAAUUCAUUUGUAAUAAAUGCCUUUUUUUCUUAAAUUUAUUUUAAAUAUUUUCUUUUCUUAAAUUCAGUACUCAAAAUUGAUAUUGUUGAAUUUUAUAAGAGUAUUAGAAUUACCUUAUUUGCUAGAAAAAUCUGUGUAACGUUUAGACUUUAUAGUUAGUUCAGAAAAUGGAAUAGUUGUUCUAAAAACAUUUAAGUACAUUAAGUGAGUAUACUUAUGGUUGUAUAUAAUUUACAUAUGUAAUGACUUUUAAUGUUACUCAAGUUAAUUGUCUAUUCAGAAAAUUACUUUUAUAAAUGUUGUUUGUAAGUUAACUCAAAUAUUCAUAUGUCAAUUAAUGUUUAAAUAAUAUUCAGUAAAUCUAGAACAAUUACAUUAUUGUGCUAUUAGAUAUUAAAAUUUUGUUAUUCUAUGUGCUAUUAGAUAUUAAAAUUUGUUUUGUAGAUAUUAAAAUUUUGUUAUUGAACGUGGCUUUCUGUACACUGUCAGAAAGCUGAUGGCUAUUUGAAGCUUAAAUGGCAUCAAGUUAAAGUAUAGCAGCACUUUUAAUGUUUAAAGAAAUUAUCAUUAAUUUCUGUCUCUGCAAAUGAAGUGUGAUUUUUUUUUUUUUUUUUUCGGGGGGGGGGGUUUGUUUGUUCAGGAUUUGGUGUAAUAUUAUUUCAUGUAAAAGUGAUACAAACAGAAAAGUUACUAAAUAUUUUUAGGGAAAGCAAGUUGAGUGUGCAUGUGUUUGCAUAUAUCACAUUUCAUAUUUUUCAUCUUUUCAUCUUCAGAAAAUAUUUAAUGAGUAUUUUAUCUCCCUUGUAUUGAAAAUAUUCAUUUUUUGAGAAUUCUUCUAAUUAUUAGUUGCAAAUAGAUUUAGCUCAGUCUCGAUAUUUAUAUUUAUAUAUAUAUAUAUAUAUAUAUAUAUAUAUAUAUAUAUAUAAUAUAUAAUAAAAAAGAUGAGAUAAUAUAUGUAGAAUAUGUAUCUACCAAAAAUGUGCAUAUAAAAUAAAUAUAUUAGUCAUUUGUAUUGAAUUAUCAUGUUAACUCUGUUAUAUAAUGCUAAAGAAAAUAAAAAUUUAAUUUGAAAAUUUCAUCAUAUAUUGUUAAUGUAUCUCAAGUAAUAAAAUUUCUAAGAAAAGAGAAACUUAAUUUUGGAAAAUGUGCUAUAUGUAUUUUGUGUUUUGAAAGCAUUUUUCCUUUUACAAUAAAAUUUCAUUGCACUUUAAUCUUUUCGUCCACAAGCUAAGUUAAUGCAGAAAUUUGUGACUUCUAGUGACCAAAAAAUUAUCGAAGCUUUUACAGCUCUGAGAAUUUUUGCCUUAUAAUCUCAUUUACAGAAAGAAAGUUUUUGUAACUAUUCCUAUAUUUUUAGAGCUUUAUUUUUCAUUUUUCUGGAAGUAAAUAUUACAAAAUAUAACUUAUGAGUGGCUUGUUCUUUCCCAUGUUCCAUGUUUCAUUUUGUAUUAUAUGUUAACUAAAAUUAAUAAAAGUACUCUAGAUAUG